GGGGGGGGGGGCUGGCGGCCCGGCUCACGGUCCCCACUGAUGAGAACGCUGGCUUCAAUGAUGGCAAGUUGGACUGCUGCUGCUGCUGCUGCUGCUGCUGCUGCUGCUGCUGCUGGAGGAUCCUCACAAGGUUAACGAUGGAUGCAGCCUCAGCUCCACAGGUUGUCGUGGACGGACCAUCUGGAGUGGAGGAAACAAAUUGUGCAGAAGGUAUAUGUUUGCCUUCAGAUGACCAUCUUACAACACUAAAAGCUCUGGCAGAGAAGUUAAGACUGGAGACCCGGAGACCUUCUUACCUGGAGUGGAAAGCCCAGUUGGAGACCGAUCGCUUCGGAGAGCCUGGAACUGGAAAAUACUCAACCCAAGAGGAUCCCGAUGGGAAACUCGUCUCACACAAACAGCCUGCAUCAGAGUCAGAUGAGCUUCAGCAUCAGCUGCCAUCUGGUGUGCUGAAGGGAUUUGAGAACAUCGAUGAAGCCCUUGCUUGGCUUAGAAGAGAACUGACCGAUAUGCGUUUGCAGGACCAGCAGCUGGCGAGGCAGCUCAUGCGGCUCCGGAGUGACAUCAACAUGCUGAAGAUCGAACAGACGUGCAAUCUGCAUCGCCGGAUGCUGAACGAUGUCACCUUUGGCCUCGAGGAGAAAGACGAGCUGUCCGACCUGCCGUGCGAGUGUCCUGUGACCCCGGGCCUCGGCCUCUCGUCCCCACUCAGACUCAUCGGUGUUACCAAAAUGAACAUUAACUCUCGACGUUUCUCGCUCUGCUAGACGGCUUUUAAAAAAUGGAAAAAAGAAAAAGAAAACCGCCCUAAUGUGUCAGAUACUAAACCCUGUUUAGUUUGGAUUUCACAACAGUGCC